AUGAAAUAUGAUGAUUUUGGAGCAAAAAGGACGUCAACGUUGCCGGUUGCCAUGUAUUCCAGCGAGCGCAGGAUUUUAGAUUUAUUGGAAAAGAAAAAAGACAAAAAACUUAAAUACGCUGACGUGGGCGAUUCCGUCGCCACCUGCCUCUCCGACUUGGGAAUCCGCAAAGGCCAUGUUGUCCUCCUCCUCUCCCCCAAUUCCAUCUUCUUCCCCGUGAUCUGUCUCUCAGUCAUGUCCCCCGGCGCUAUCAUCACUACCACCAACCCCUUCAACACCACCCAAGAAAUUCGUAAGCAGAUCACUGAUUCCAAGCCAGUUCUCGCCUUCACCACCCAUUCUCUCCUCCCUAAAUUCGCCGGCAUGAAUCUCCCUAUCGUUCUCAUCGGAGAAGGUCACGACUCGGAGUCGGGACCGGGGGCAAAUGUUAGUAGAGUCAAAAUAGUUUCUUCCUUGGAGAACAUGAUGAAGAAGGAACCUAAUGACAGCCGAGUCAAGGACCGAGUCUGCCAAGACGACACGGCGACCCUGCUCUACUCUUCUGGCACUACCGGUGCCAGCAAGGGCAUGGUGUUGUCGCACCGGAACCUCAUCGCAAUGAUUCAGAAGAUUCUGGGUCAUUUCAAGUUGGAAGAGGCAGAGAGUAGGGGAGGACCGCACACGUUCGUCUGUUCGGUCCCCAUGUUUCAUAUCUACGGCCUGGCAGCGUUCUCGACGGGAUUACUGACAUCUGGAUCGACAAUAGUGGUGCUGUCGAAGCUCGAUAUGCAAGAAAUGCUUUCUGCGAUCGCCAGGUACCGAGCAACCUACUUGCCUUUAGUUUCGCCGAUACUGGUGGCACUAACCAACAACGCCGACGUGAUAAGGGAAAAAUAUGAUAUAGGAACGUGUAGGAUUGCAGGAGCAACAGUGGUAUGAUUGACUAGUCCGCGAUGACCAGCCGAAGAAAAAGAAGAGGAGAGGAGAAGAAGAAUACGUCGCCGCCGGAGCUCUGUCGCUGCUGAUGGACAAGGAUUUGGUGCAUGGGCAGGGUUCGGUGGAAAGAAAUGGAAGAAAGAAAUCGAAGAAAUGGGGCUUUUGUCCGUGUUUCAGACCGGUUCGUGUGAAUAAGAACCGAUUCGUGUCUGCGUGAAUCGGACCAGACCAUGU